AUGUACAGGGAGAACUGCUGGGCAGCAGGAGAACUGGAGGAGCAGCACCAGAGGCCUGCAGCAUGCAGGGGGGAGGCAGGGGGCAUCCAGCUGAGCUCUGAGGGCACAGCUUCCAGGAACAGGAAACGGAACUACGUCAGCACCAGAAAGACUACAUCUCCCACGAUGCACCAGUCCCCUCUGAAACGAGCAAGGACCAGCCCAGUGAGGACCAGCAGCUGGAGGCGGGAGGGAGGGAGGAAGAAAAGAGAGAGGAAGAGAAGAGGGAGGAAGGAGGGAGAGGUGACCCUGUCCUUGGCCCACAGGAGGAACGUCCUUGGGGAGUCUGGGCUCCACGUGGCUGUGAUGAACGGAGAUACUCAGAAGGUCCGAGCGUUCCUCCGGCUGGGCCCCAACGUCAACAUGGCUGACAACGCCGGCUGGACCCCUCUGCACGAGGCUGCUUCCAGGGGUCAAUAUGACAUCAGCAUGGCGUUGAUCUCAGCUGGAGCUCUGGUCAACGCUGCUGCCGAUGCUGACAUCACGCCUCUCCACGACGCCGUCCGGAACCAACACCUGCAGGUUGCAGAGCUGCUGUUGCGUCACGGGGCCGACCCCCUGCUGGAAGACACAGGAAGAGAGACGGCCUAUGACAUCACCUCAGACUUCUCUCUGCUCAGGCUCAUGGAAAGACACGCCCCUAAACACAAGAGAACACAACUGACAGCUUUAAAGAAAGCAACAAACUCAGAGACCAGAAACAGUGAAGGCAGGAUCUCAGAAGACAAGCAGGGUAUGGAAGACCCACCUCUGCCCCCUGGGAGGAAGCGGAGGCCAGCUACAGCAGAGGUCAUCUCUGCUCAGCUCAGCCCUAGACCCAUCAGACCCAUCAGAUCCAGACCCAUCAGAUCCAGCCCCAUCAGAUCCAGACCCAUCAGAUCCAGAUCCAUCAGAUCCAGCCCCGGCUCUGCUCAACCCAGCCCUAGGACCAGACCCAGCCCUAGACCCAGCCCUAGACCCAGCCCUAGACCCAACCCCAGCCCUAGAUCCAGCCCUAGACCCAGCCCUAGGACCAGCUCCAGACCCAGCCCCAGCCCCAGCCCUAGGACCAGACUGGAAGUCCUUCAGGCCUCCAAGCAGGAACAGGAAGCCAAGACUGGCAGUCUCCACAUGCCCCAGAGCCCUCCAGACACCCGGGGGAGAUGA